GCAACAUGGGAAUCAAAUUCUCAGUUUAUGGUUGAUACUCGAUCAUUUAGUAACACAGUAUCAUCGAGUUCAAAUCAUACGCCCCGGGGUUAAUACACAAUUGUGCUUCUUUUUUGUAUAUUUGCUCUAAAUCAAUUAACAAAAGAGCAAUUAUUCUUUGUAUUAAUCAUUGUCGGUGACACUGAAAAAAUUGACAGCGCCAUCACGAGGAAGUAUCAGAAAAUGUCGAAAGAGUGAAAAAUGGAGCACAGGAUGUUAAGUGGAGCAGAGACACGUGAAUCUAUUUGAAAAACGGGCGACAAACUGUACAACAACAAAAACUUUGAAGAAAGAAAAGACGAAAUGACAUGAGAAUAAAUGCCAGUGUCGACAAUGAAAGAUUAAAAUGAAAAUGGCACACAGAUUACAUGGCCGAUCGUAGAGGAGAUUGUGCAGCUAAAGGCGACAUCGUCAUGCUUUUACCAUCGCAUAUAAGUUUGAGAUAAAUUCGGUCGUGUUUGUUCCGAACUUUGAAUAUUGCCAAACAAAAGAAUCAACUUAAAUAAAAUCAAGAGUCAAAAGACAUUGGCGGCGAGCAAGUUCUCCGUCUUAUCCUUCUGUUUCGGUGAUGGUGAACGCCAACGGAUGCCCAAAUUGAAUCGUAUUGUUUGAUUUUUUGGCAUUUAAUUUUUAGUGUGCUAACAACGUGAAAGUUUCGGUUUAUUGUGUGAACGGACGACGCUUGACAAUUAAAACGAUAAAGUCUGAUUGAACAGGAUAUACUAAGCAGGAUAGAGUCUGCGGUUCAGAAUUUUGCCAGAACUAGACGAGAAAAAAGCAUUACAUUCAACGUCAUUUGUGGUGAAUUUAUCAAAGAAUGCCAAACAAAGAAUAGAACAAGCAAACAAAUGUUACAGCAAAAACAAUUGAUAACAAAAAGAAAAUUCCACUCAGCACGAUAUUCAACAUGAUAUUUACAAAAACACAUGUCACAAAGUUUUAGUGCAGUUUUGAUUUUUUCAAACGUUUACAAAAACCAUUACCUUUACAUAACAUUUUCAAUGGUAUUUAAUUAACGAAGUCCGCGCUUAUGCGCUCAAUUCACUUUCACCACUGACAGAAAGAGAAAAAAAAACAACAACAAUCGGUACGCAUUUGUGGUGGAAAACUUUGUAUGCGGUGAGAGUUUUAAUCAGAAAAUUAUUUGCAGCAAGUAUUGGGCACAAAGGAUUCAAAAACAUGGGAAUAAAUUGCGUUACGUUUUUGUUUCAAUGGUGCUGCUCUGUUAGUUGAAUACAAAAGAAGCUGAUGAAAAAUUCCGUUUACACCAGAGAGAAAGCAAGAAUGUAUGAGUGCAAUGUACAUACACAACAACCGCGAUAAAGAGAAAACAACUUAUGAAACUCUAAAAUGUUACUAGUUCUCAAUGCCGUUACAAACGAGCAGAUCAUGAUACACUUUCAACGCCACAUAUAUUCAUUGUAGACAAAAGCUGGCGAAACAAGAAAGAGAUAUAUCAAAAAAACAACAACAACAUUAAGAAAUAAGAAUUUUUUUACUCCCAGCAGAAGUACUCAUACACAAGCCAAGAGAGAUAGAGGUAGAGAGAAGAGAAAAAAACUUUAGAAUUAGUACUUACCAAUACUGUUCUUAUUCACAUUUUUGUUCGCACUCCUGCUGCUUCUGUGAGUGUGGUUCAUUCGGGCGCUAUUGCCACUAAACGCUGAAUAUAUUUUAAUUACAUGAACCGGAAGCUAUGCAUAUAACAUGAAUAAAAACGUAUGUACUUUGUGUUUCGUUAUUUGAUUUGAUGUUCUCUCAAUGUUGAAUUGCGAGCGAUGAGCGCGCAUUUGUGUGCCAUAAAACCAAACUAGUCGUUGUUCCAUACGCAAAAACUUCGGAUUUCCAGUUCAUCUUCAUUCUUUAUGAAAACUCAAGAGGAAAACUUUGGUCGCUGAAUGGAUGUGUGCAUUACUUCUAUAUGUCUAUAAGUAUAAGUAUAAGUGUGGCCGUAAGCUAAAUGUAUUAAUUUGCACCGAGGGAAUUCAGUGGUUGGGAAGACGUUGUGCGUCGACAACGAAGACGACGAGAAUAACAAGAGCAAACGACAACAUCAACGUACAAUAGACAACACAAGAAUAAGCAUAAAAGUGAACAUAAGGAGGCUGACACCAAAGCCAUAGCACAGCAAAAAGCAUUACAAUAAAGAUAGACAAGGCCGAUGAAGAAACGACGAGUUUUACGCAUUUUGUCUAAUUGUAAAUAAAAAAGUUGUGUUAGUGCGUCCAUAAAAUAAUGUAUAAUUGUGUACCGUAAAGAAAGUAUAUGGUCAUUCAAAGAGCAAAGAAAAAUUGUUGCCGUUGCCAGUCUACAUCUUAUUCGUCUUUCCGUUCGAAGUUUCGGUGCGAUUGUUUCUCUUUCUCUCGCAUUUGCCACGUUAAAUCGAUUUCCGUUUUGUGAAUGUGCGUGUCUUGGCAUUUCGUCGUUAAUGGUUGUUAAUGAACUAUAAAAGAAACGAUAUCAAACAGAAUCUACGACACGUAAAAGCAUCGAACACCGAAAAACAAAAGCACUUCCAGACAGAACAUUCUCGACACCACACAUUGUACGUAAAGGAGAGACAAGACAUCACAAAUAAAAUCGAAAAAUAAAUCGGCUCGUUAAUGGACAUUUAUAUGUGCGCUUCUUAAACACCGUAGCAUAUUGGUUGACAUCGAUUGUAGCUGGCAAGCGACUGCAUACAGCAUUGUCGUCAUCGUAUAAAUGUAAAGUAACAGUGGACAGCAAGUGAAAGACAAACACAUAAAUAGAGCGAAAAACAAAAAAAAAGGAAAGAGCAUAAAAGCCGUACUGUGAAAAGUUCUGCACCGUUUAAUGGUGUGAAUUUUGCUCAUCGACAACACACGAAUAUUUAAUAAUAAACGCGUUAUGAGUGUGUGUGUUUGUUACGAUGCUGGUCCAUCCAUUGAAACUUAUCUGAACUAAACGGUGCCAAAGUGAAUGACGAACGAAGAGAGUGUGAGAGAUGAAAGGAGUCUGAACAAAUGACAUUUUGCACUUCUGUUUGUUGAACUAUUUAAUUACAAUGAGCCGAACACAGAAAUAAGGCGAUAAUUUAUGCGCUACAUACGGGCGUCUACGUAAUAGAGAGCAAUUUUUUCCCUCUCAUUCACAUUUUUUCAUUUGCAGAAAAACAGUCUGCAACCAUCUCAAACACGAUAUACGAAGUGUAUGCAUGUGGGCUUUUACACUAAAAAGAAAUAUACGCUAGUGUACUGAAAAAAAAAUUGCAAAAGAAAAACUCUCAAGAAUAAUCAAAAGUGUUUGUAAGUACUUUAUAUGUAUGAAUGUGUUUGUGUUUUCAUAUACAUAUAUAUAUGUGUGUGUGGUUAUAAGGAUGCCCGAGGUGAUACAUACAAUUCUUAACAAGGAGAACAAAUAAAAAGACACAGAACAAAACAGAAAAGAAAAAAAAAACCAGCAGAAUCUGUGUGAGCUGAAUAUGUGCCGAUUUCAGUUUUUUAUCCACUUGAAUUUACUCUUUGUUGUUAUUGUAACAAACAAGCAAAAUGCUCUGGUUUGAAAGAAUCAACUUUAAAGCAUCAUAAUUGUGAUAAUACAUAUACUCCAUACGAUUCAACAAUACAAUUGUGUAUGAAUGUUUUGUGUUCAAAAGUAAAAGACAUAGAUAAAGAUACAGAUAUAGAUAUAGAGAGAAAGAGCGAAACAAGUUCACUGAAAGCGUCAAAUAUUCAAAAGCCAAGACUUUGUGAAUGGUGUGUGGUGCAAUAUAUUGAAGUGAAGAGAACGUGAUUUUUGGCCUUUUGAGCACAUAAUCGACAUUCCAUGAAUGCGGCAUGAACAGUCGAUCUCAUUAAAAUUGUUUUGAAGUGUGUACACAAUACAGUGGAUUGCCUCAAUGUAAACUACUUGCAUUCUAUCUUUAGCCCGAUGCUAGUUUGUAUGUGUGAAUGAAUUGCAGAGACAAGCACCAACAAAAGCAAAACUGGUGAAUUGUGCACCAAGAAAGCGUUAAGGAUAAAGCAAGUGAUAAAGAGUGUGAGUGUGAAACAAACACACAGAGAAAAUACGGAUAGAAAAUCAUCCAAUUAUUUUGAACUUUGACUUUGUGAUGAUGGCCUAAUUGUAAGAUUGCAACAAAUACAUUAAACAGAAACGUGAUACAGAUAGAGAGCAACGUAAAGAGACAACAUAAAAUUGACAAAACCACAAAAUAUAGAUAUAAAAAAAAUCAUGUCGCCAGCAACGAGUCAACGAUGUAAUUUAUACUUUUCAAAGUAUACAAACCAACGACGCGCUAUGAAACUGAAUAGCUGUGGAUCAUCAAAGCAAAAACCUAACGAGAAUUCUAAUCGAUACAAAUCAAAACUAUCAAUAACCACAGGAAAAUGUUCAUCAAUUAACCCCUAUAGGAUAUUUAUUUUGCUAGUUAUCGGAUUACCCGGCCUCAAUAUUGGUCUAUCAUCCGUAUUAACCAAGAGUGUUGCGUUAGGUUCAACCAAUUUCGAUAGCACAACCAGUAAAAUGUACAUAUUUUCAACGCCGACAAGGUCUUCGGCGCCGAUGCUCGCAACCAAUUCACAAUCAAAUGGCAUUCGAUUGUCACAAACACAAACAGACCUAUUAUCACGUAACAAAGAUACCACUAAUAUGUCCGAUAAAAUCGCUAGCAAAAAUUUUAAAGUGCUAUCGAAAAUGAAGCUACCGCAACAGCAGCAGCAACAACAACAACGUCAGCAACAGAUCGUAUCAUUGAACCAAGGUAGCAGCUUCAAUAGUAAUAAUAAUAAAUUAAGAGAAGAUGUGAUAUCACAGCAACAACAAUCGACGACUAAGGAAGCAGUUGUGUCAGCAUCAAAUGCAGUGGCAGCUGAAUUGAAAGGUGCACCAAUGCUGUUGAUUCAUGAAAAUGAUAACAGUAGCAGCAGUAAUAUUGAUGGUCACUUCAACCAUAACACAUUAGACGAAUACUACAAAGAGCCAAUGUAUUUUGGCACAGAAAAUUCCACAACAGUAAACACACAGAUUGGUGCAACUGCCCAUUUAGAGUGUAAGGUCCAUAAUAUCGGCGAAGGCGUCGUUAGCUGGGUGAGAAGACGCGAUUUUCAUUUAAUCACUGUCAGUCUAAUAACAUACAGCUCGGAUGAGCGAUACAGCGUGUCCCAUGCCAAAAAUUCCGAAGACUGGACGCUUCAAAUAAAAUAUGUUCAAUUAAGAGACGCUGGCGUGUAUGAGUGCAGUGUGUCAGUUCAUCCACCAACGUCCAUAUUCAUUUAUUUGAAUGUUGUUGAGGCGCGUGCAGAAAUUGUUGGAAAACCACUUCGGUAUUUAACCCCGGGCUCAACUCUCAAAUUGAUGUGUCGCAUUGUGCAAAAUACCGAAGCAUCAGCAUUCAUCUUUUGGUAUCACGACAACCGGAUGAUCAACUACGAUGUCGAUAGAGGAAUCAAUGUAUCGACUGAAGCAGACUAUCACUAUUCGGAGUUGACCAUUGAACGAACAAAUCGGGAGCAUUCGGGAAAUUAUACUUGCGUGCCAUCAAAUGCACAGCCGGCAUUCGUUCUCGUUCACAUAUUCAAAGGCGAUAAUCCGGCCGCAAUGUACCAUGAGCACCGAGGCAGUGCUUGUAUGCACGGAUAUGAAAAAUCUCAUUUCAACAUGAUUGCGAUAAUGAUUGUCAUAACAUUUCUGCGGAAAUGCAUUGAAUUAAUCUCAAAUACAUGAACAUCUCGUUCAGUUCUUAGUAAGAACUUCUUACUUAGCUAAAAUAAAUUCAAUGUUCGUAACUACUUAAACAAAAUGCAAAAAAAAAAAAACAAUUUAGUAUCAAAAUGUUAAUAAUAAUAAAUGAAAAAGUUUCACUCUUAACUCACUCAACACAAACAACGGAGCGUCAAAAUGCUAACAUCAUUGGCUCAGCAAAACGUGAAUGAAUACUUUACGAGAGUUGAAGUGUGUUGACUUUAAUGAUGAAGGUAUUUUAAGUAAACAGCACAGGUCGCAUCAGGACCGUAUCAUCUUUAAAUGUUUAUGUGUAUGUGUGUUUGGGACGAAUUGAUAUGGCGUACGCAUAUUAUAUAGGCAUAAUUUUAAUUGAAUAGAUGAUAUUAACAUUAUAUAUAUAAUGAUAAACAUAUAAAUGUAUUUUAUUGAUUCCAUAAAGGAACGAAGCAGAAAUAAAAAAAAAUAUAUACUUACACAUAACUAAAAACAGAAACAAAGAAAUACGAACAUACAAACACACACGCACACAGACACAAAUAUUUAGCUGAUAAAUCGGUCAAGUUAAAAGUAUUGAAUUGUAUAAAGAUUAAAUUUUAAUGAAACAAUAAAAAAAUCGUACCAAACUGAAGUGAAUAAUUAAAA